CAAAUGGCAGCACAGUUAGGCUUGAAGACGCAACACUAAAAUCCUAAGCUCCUUCAACCCCAAAACAUUUUUCUUCAACAAACUUCACUCAACUCACUUUACACAGUUCAAUCCUCCAAUUUUAAAGUACACCUUACUCAAACCAACCUAAACCGUAACCCGAACCUAUCAUGUUCGGACUCUCCCAACCCGCUCCGGAUUCUCCCAAAUCCACCAUCAAAUUCCUCUGUAGCUACGGCGGCAAAAUCCUCCCUCGUUAUCCCGACGGCAAACUCCGCUACCUCGGCGGCCAUACACGCGUCGUCUCCGUCGAUCGUUCUGUUCAAUUUUCCGAACUGCUUCCGAAGCUGGAAGAACUCUGUGGCUCAUCCGUGACGCACCUCCGCUGCCAGUUACCCGCCGAAGACCUCGACGCUUUGGUUUCCAUAACCUCCGACGAGGAUCUCGUCAACCUAAUCGAAGAAUACGACCGUACCGCAUCGCCGCAACUGCCGUUGAAGAUCAAAGCGUUCAUUUCACCGCCGAGAUCUUUGAACAAGGUUUCCAAACCUCCGUUACCAACUAUGUCAAAAACAGCAUCCGUCUCUUCUUCAUCUUCCGCGUCGUCGACAUCUUCUUCAUCAUCUUUUACUGGUGGAGGUUCUGUUCGGAAGUAUACGACGGCGCCGCCGGUAGUUAGCCGUUGCGUUCAUCAUACGUCUCAACAGAAUGUAAAUCAUGUGAAUAUGGAAAGAUCUUCCGGGCGGAAUAUUCCCCUGCAGCGCAACUGCAAUCACUGGCAAUAAUGCUAAGAUUAAGAUUAAGAAGCCAAAAGAAAAAGAUAAUUAAUAUACAUAAGAUUAAGAUUAAAUGAAAAGUUGAAAUGGAGAAGGUGAAAAAUGUCAAGGAUAUAUUUGUGAUGUAAAAUAGUUGAGAAGGAUUGAGGUAUUAGUUUGUGAUCCUUGCCUGUACAUUAAUGAAUUUCUCUCCAAUUUCGAUUUUGGUUUCAUUUUUGUAGUAAUGGUUUAAUUGAAGAUUGAAAAAUGUUACACAAGCUGGAUUUUUCGUGUGCUUCUAUAUUUUGAGCCAGAUUCAAAGGAAAUGCUACUAAGAACUAUAUAAGAGCAUCUGAGACAUCAUGUUUUUAUACAGCAUCAGAGACAUCAUGAGUUCUUUACAUAUGAACUCCAAAUAGAGAUGCUUAUGCGAUUCUGAAAACGCAAAGUAUUGGCCAUGGGGGACCACUGAAAUAAUAGUGUCCAUGUAAGAAAGGUACUAAAGAAAAACAAUGACCUCAUUAUAAUGAAAAUUAAAAUUAAACUUAAACUAUUUGUUUCUUAGGACAGGAAUUUAUAGAACCAAAAUAAAAUGAAGUUAUGCUUAUCUUGAAAAGGGAAAAAAGAAACACAAAAGAACGAGAGAAGUAGGGCCAUUCGUUCUUUAAAGAUGGCGCCAAAGAAAAGAUAUGGGGACGUAAUAAAAGGACCUCCACUCAUGUAACAUUCAAUAGGAAGAUUCCUUUUGCUGUUUAAAUUUUGAAAGAAGGAAAUCUAUUAAAGUACUUGGAAUUUCCACGUAUGCCCAAACUGAGUUUAACUUAAACUAAUCUAAUCAUUAAGGGCACAUUAGUCUUUGUGUUAAAUACUGAAACAUGAUUGAUUGUAAUUCAAAUUUUGCUAACAAGGCAUCACUACAAAAAUCUGCACGAUUUAUUUACCCAACUACACAAUUAUCCCUCUAAACUUUAAUUAUAUUUAUUAUCACGAUAAAAAUCCAUCAACAUUAAAACUAGGUGUGAAAUAUGAGCAGCCAACAAAUACAUUGAUACUGCAAACACGUUUCACGAUUUUCAACCCAAAGCAUCCUUUCCCAAGAUUACAACGUUUGAUUUACUGUUGAAGGAUAUUAAGAUGGAUGCAUACAUUCCAAACCCUAAAUUUGUUGUUCAUCCAAACAUUAAUCUGUGUGGCUUACAUGGUUGAAACAAGGAUCACGGUGGCUGCUGUUGGAGGGGAUCAGUCGCGGUUUGAUCCAAAUAUGAAGGGUGGCGCGAUUUGGUAGAAGUUCUUGGUGGCGUCGAAGUUUAUGAGAGGUGCGGUUGGGAUUUAAUCUGCGGCGGUGAUUCUGACUGAGAACAUGAUGCAGAUCUGGAAAAGAAGAUACUUUUUUAAGGGAUAUUGUGUUUCUGCCGGUGUCGGAGCUACUCCUUAACCCUCCAAAUCCCAGGCUGAUAAAAGAGAGACCUUGAAGGCGUCGUACAUUCAUUAUGUCUUUGAAACGAGUUUAACACAGGAGGAACAAUGAGAAGAAGCUCAUGUUGGUAUCAUCAAGCAUGCUAUGGAGAUUAUCAAUUUUCUCACUGAUCAGAACCCAAUUUAGGUCAUUGUUGAUGUUGUCGUCAACAUGAAAAAGAUUGAAGAUAUCUCGGAGGAAAGGCGUCAUCGACUAUUGCUACUAAUAGAACAUAGGACUGCAUGAUUGUUCUUCAUUAUUUGGUCUAUUGAGGAAGAUGAAGUAGAUGAGAUAGAUGAUUGUUCCACAAUGAAGAAGUUGUGAGUUGUUUGGUCUAUUGAGCUGCAUCAACAGUUCAUGGUUGUUGUGAAUCAAGUGGGAUUAGACAACAUGUGUCUCUUAGUUAUGUUAUGUCCUUGCAAAAACAUUCCCUUAUAGUUUUCUCUAAAUUGGUUGUUACCUCUACAUGUUUUUCCAUUUGAUAUUGAUAUACAAAGGCUAUUCCUAAAAAUAUUAUCUCUACAGAAUAAUCAU